CCCAAGAUGGCUCCUGUGAAUGUCUCGGUCCCAUAGUAGAUUGAGGAUGCAUCUAUCUGCCGUAAAAACAACUUUUCCUCGACCGCUGCGUCCUCUGGAUUUCAUCUCGUAUGGUGCGGAGGAGCCCAUGACUUCCGUCUAGGCACCGAACAGCCGUCGGAGCGUCGCGAAACCUUCUUCAAUCCACCAAUUUGGAGUAGUUUCGCGAAGUAGCUCUCCUCGCUGUCGCUGUGUGUCCGGAGCGAGGUUCAGGCACGGCAGCUCAUCCAAAUGGCCGAACCGAGAAAAGUGCAAUUUGUCACCCUGUCGGCCUUCGCAGCCGGAGCAGCCGCGGAGUCCAGGAAACGCCGGCUAGAGGAUGAGGCCGACUUCAGCUUCGGUAGAGCCGGGGAGGUCGAGGCAGCGACCGGGGCAGGAGGUGGUGCUGCCAGUAACGGUCGUCUCGGCAAAACCGACGACGGGGACAGGGCAGUAACCGAGAAGAGGGCGACGAUGCGGCUCAACCUGCCUCUGUCCGAGCCUGACGAUCGCGCCUCCGCCGAGUUUAACUACGGCGAACUCAUCCAGAGCCUGCAGGCAAAGAGUAAACCUCCAAGCCUGACUUCAGCGCACAAUCCCAACGACCCCUUCAACGAUGACGAGAAAGAGCGACUCCAGAUUGAGGCACUGGCCAAAAAGUUUGAAAAUAAAUAUGGUAAUACAGUGAAGAAGAGGAAGGACAGAAUGCAAGAUUUGAUAGAUAUAGGCUUUGGUUACGACGAGACAGACCCAUUUAUUGACAACUCAGAAGCUUAUGAUGAGCUGGUGCCUGCCUCUCUGACCACAAAGCUGGGGGGGUUUUACAUCAACACCGGCACACUUCAGUUCAGAGCGACCUCUGACUCAGAGGGAGAGGACGACAAGGGGGCACCAAGAUGCUACUCACCAUCUGGGAUCUAUGUUACCCAAAGCAGCAAGACGAAGCCGAAUGACGACAGGGAGCACAUAAUAAAAAAGAGGAAAAAGAAAGAAGUGAACAAUCUGGAAGAGAAGAACCUGAAAAAGAACAGAGUACCUAAACAAGGAGUGACAUCUCUCAACCUCCAUCGGCCGGAGAAGAAGAAGAGGAAGAAGCUAAUGAAGGACUCGCUGUACCUGGCUGCCAUGCUCCGGCGCUUCACCCGAGAGAAAGAGGAAAUGAAGAAGAGAAACCCCAACAUCGCACACCCUGCCCUGGCAGGAGGCUCGGCUAACAAGCCACACUCUGCCAACUGUACAAACCACCUGUUGGCCUCUAACUCCACCCAACCGCAGGGCAAUGCAGCUAGCAAUGACCUCUCACUGGCAGAUCUCACAUCGGACCCUGCUGUGAUGUCACUGCUGGGCUCGGCCAAUGAGAAGGAACUGCAGGAUCUCCUAGGAGACUUGGACUUUAGCUUGUCUGACACUGACCAACAGCAUGCCAUUGUGACUGCCAGAGAGAAUGGCAUUCUGGGAGUUGGUGUUCCGGGCAGUAAAGCAGCAGUCGCAGCCGCAGCAGCUGUAGGAGGAGGAGGUGUUCAAGGGCGAGGCCUAGGGUCUUCCAGUGGGCUUUUUUCUCCUCCUCCGCUGCCUGCUGGACUACCUGCUCCUCUUAUAAAACGCAUCGAGGACCUGCGGGCGGCCUCGCGGCAGUUUGAUCAGGAGGGCAGGAAGAAAUUUUUCACCCUGGACAUGAAUAACAUUCUCUUGGAUAUUGAGCUGCAGGUCCAGGAGCAGCCUCCUGAGGCACGUUCAGAGAUCUACUCGCACAUGGAGGCUUUUGUGCCGUGCAACAAAGAAGCCCUCCUCAAACGAUUGAAGAAGCUUAGUCUCAACAUCCAGGAUGACAGAGUACGGACGCCACUGUUGAAGCUGAAGCUGGCCGUGUGCAGCAUAAUGCCAGAGCAGAUAGCACGGUAUAACAUGGACUGCAUGGCCAAGGUUGCCAAGCAGCACUCAGAGGAAGGAGAUAAGAAUGGCUCAGAGGAGGAGGAUGAGGAGAAACCUGGAAAAAGAGUGAUGGGCCCACGGAAGAAGUUUGUCUGGGAUGACAAGCUCAGGAGCCUGCUGUGCAGCUUGGUGCGAGUAAAGCUGAGCUGCUAUGACAUGGAGAACCAGGGCUCUCUGUCUGUUGAGGACUACCUCAAGGCCUUCUUAGAGAAUGAGGUCAAACCACUGUGGCCUAAGGGCUGGAUGCAGACCAGGAUUUUAUUUAAGGAGAGUCUCGCCGUUCACAGUCACCUCACUGGAAACCUAGUCAAGAGGAGAAUGGUGCCUGGGCCCAAGGCCAAAGCCAAGGACGGUCUUUGGAUCCACAAACCACCUCUCACCAUGACCUCCACUCCAUCUUUGCCCACAACCACAUCCACUGUUACCUCCAACCGCCAGCCUUCUUCCUCUUCACCCUCAGAGCCUAUCUGUCUGUCGGACUCUCUGGAUGAGGAUCUGACCGCACCGUCUCUGGACUCCAUUUCCCACGCUCUAGCUCUCCUCAGCAAUGCGACAAAAGGCCUUGGGCCCUCAGACAGCCCCUUGUCGCCUCCACCACUCCAAAUCCCCACCUCCUCUCCUCCUCCUGUCACCCCUCACUACCCCUCAGCGCCUCCGCUAUCUGUCUUGGUCACGUCCACAAUGCCACAUCAUUCCCUGUCAAAAGUGGAAACUGCUCCUCUGACAGCUCCAUCUGCUGCUCCAAAUUUGCCAACGACGAUAGCAAUGCUACCAACCUCCUCUGCUACCUCCUCGUCCUCGGCUGUUUCCUCAUUGGCUCGUAUGCAGGCAGGAGCUACCUCUAGAACUGCAGAUAGCUCCUAUGGCACGAUCAAAGGAUCUGCCAUUGUGAGCCAAACCCAGAACCAGAGACAUGUUACCUUGGCAUCAGUGAAUCACAGGUCAAGCUCCAUGAUGGGUGGGAGUAGUAAAAUGCAUCCGCACCCCUCCCCGUCACCUCCGAAGCAACGGCCUCCACCCACGGCUUCUCCUCUGCUGCCUCCCCAUCAGAAGAGCUUUGUCACUCCUGCAGGGAUACUGGGAAGUAUGGGAGCUCUUCAAGGACUGGCUAAGAGCGGUGCCAAAGCCAGUGGCAUCAGCAGCAAUGGCAGUGCUGUGAGCAGCAGCAUCACACCUUCAUCCUCCCCGUCAUCCCAGUCCCGCUCCAACUCGACCUCCCACCCAAGUCUGCAGUCCUUCUGCUCCCCCUCCCCAGCGUCGUCCUCAUCCACCUCCCACACGUCCCACUCCUCUCAAGGCAAAUCCCACACACACCAUCAUCACCAGCCCAACUUCAUCACACCCAUGCAGGCCACACUCACCAAGUCCUCCCAUAGCAGCAACUCCUCUCCCAUCAUCAAGCUCACCCCUCGGCCUCCUGCACCCACUCCGCCUCCCUCUUCCUCCUCUUCCCCCUCCCCAUCAUCCUCACCUUCACACCCACUGUCCCACCAGAUGAUCCCCAGUCAGCAACAGCAACAACACCAACACCAGUACUCCCUUAAAACCCCCAAAACCUUCAGGCCGCCCUUCAGUGUGUCAGGGAGCGGGCAUUUAAAGCAGACACAGGGCAGUAUGAGCUUUGCUGGAGGCCAAAAGCCUCAGUCCUCCACCAACAACAGUAGCAUCAACAUCUCCAACAACAACAAAGGAGUGGGGUCGGCUGUCUGCAGUCACCCAGACAAAACUACCCUGUCUUCUUCACCUUCGGUUUUAGCUGCUCAUGGGCAGAGGCAGAGGGUGGUGGGCGGAGCCAACCCAAGCUUAAAGCCAGGGAACGGCUGGGCGGCGUCAGGCACUUUGGCCACCUCCUCCACAACAUCACACCUCUCACAGGUUUCAACAGCAGGCUCUCCUCUCUUGGGCAGCCCCUCUACUCUGCCCCUGGGCUUUGGCAUGCUGGGAGGCCUCGUGCCAGUCUCUCUACCCUUCCAGUUCCCCUCUCUGCUCAAUUUCAGCCCUCCAGGAGCCCCAGGAGCCGCUGGCAUUGGCUCAGCCCCCAGCUCCAACUCAGGAUACCCCAUAGCACAGAGCGACCUAAUUGAGCUGUAUAAGAGUCUCCAGUCAGGGUCGCAGGCUGCCCUACCUCCUCACUUGCAGCUUGCUUUCUCAGAUGUGAACCAAAGCCAGAGUGGAGACACGAAGAGGAAACCCCACUGACCAGUAACACUGCAGUCCACCCACACCAGUGGGGGUGACAUCACCGCCUCCUCGGUACACCCACCAGUAGGAGUCUUCAUUUCGAUCGAGUGAUGUGAAGACGCCAAGGGGGGCGGGGCUCCACUGCCUCCUUUUUAAAAUGGACCUAAAGGAGAAUCAGUUCAUCAUUUGCUACAAGUGAUAAUGAUGAAUUCAUUUAAUUGUGUUUUCUAAUGAACCCGGGUAUGAGAACAAGAGACGGAGUGAAUGAUGAGAACCCUUGAGUUUUCGUUCAGCUUGUUUUUAUUUUGUCAACAUGUUUACAUACGACCGACCUUGACCACUGUGGAAUGAGUGUGAGCGAGUUGGUGGCGAUGGUACAGAUGAGAGUAGUCGUACACUACGUAAUAUAAUUUGUAUUUAAGCUUAUAUGGAAUAACAGGACUCUUGUUCUUGCAGUACAAAAAGAAAAAAACGGACUUAAGUAAUUAAUUUUAUUUUUCUGUCUUUUGUCUCAGAUGUGGGAAUUGUUGUGUCUGUAGAACUUUUGUUGGUCACCUCUGCUCCCACAAAUGACUGUUAAGUAGUAGCUUAAAUUAAUAUUGAUAAAUUAUUUGUAAUUUACACAGGGACAACAUGUUGUGUGUUUGUGUGAGCGUGUGUGUUUGAGUGAGAGCAAAGCAGUGAAGUUGAUCUGAAUGUGUGUAUGCACAUAAAAAAACAAAAAAAACA